CACCAUGCGCCGUGACCCGGAAGAGGAUGGUCAGACGCUUGUGGGUCAACAAUAUUGUCCUCAUGGAUGGAGAUACAUGUGCAGACUGAGGUAUUUAUUUGAUUAAAAUAGGCAGUAUUUUGGCCUUCGUGUGAGCUAUUUGUGCCGGUUUAUUUUGUUGUGCAUUUGACAAGAAGGCUAGCCGGCUAAAGCUGACGCUAUCUCAGCUUUCAAACAUAUAGCCGAAGUUUAACUAACAGAAAUGAAAGGCAAGUGGAAGCAGAAUAGCAAAAAGAAGAAGAAGGGCAAUGCAGUGUUACAGAAGUACAUGGUGGCAGUGGAUGACUUUCUUAAAAGCAAAAGUGCCACAGAAGAAGCGGAGAAUGACCAUGGGCUGAGAUUUGUGAAAAAGAAAAGCAGAAAGGAACUACGCAAGGAAAAGCGAAAAAUGAAGAAAGCCAAAAUGAAAAGUCAUUAUGAGGGCAAAAAGACUGUUUCUUUACCACCUGGUGAUGGGGACAACUCGGCAGAGAAUGCUGAUAAACAGCCACAAGUGCAAAAGAAGAAAACGAAUAAAUCAAAGAAGGAGGUGCCAAAAACAGAACCAAAUAAGUCUGCUCAUGCUACUGCAGAGAACUUUAAAAAAUCUCCAUCUUCUAAGAAAGUUAAUAAGCUUAAAGAAUCAAGAAAAUUGGCACUUUUGGAAGCAAAUGAACAAGAGGACAGAGAAAUAAAGAAGCUGGAGAGAUGUCUCGGAUUAAACAAGAGGAAAAACAAGAAAAGUCUCCCUCAGUCUUUUGUGGCAGACGGACUUGAUUACAUCCUCGGCAUGCUUGACUCUGGAUCAUCAGCUGCGGGGAUGUAUGAUGAUGACGACGACAUGGACAUGGCUAAAGAGAACUUUGAAAAACUUGAUGAGAAAGACUCUGAGUUGUCAGGUGAGGAUGAAGAAGCUGAGGAUGACAUGGCGAGUGAGGGCAGCAAUGAUGAUAAUGAAAAUGAGGUAGAUGGCGAGGAGGAGGAGGAGGAGGAGGAAGGUAGUGUUGAUGAGGAUGAAAUGGAAGAAGGGGAGGAUGAGGAAAUAGCUGAUGAAGAGGAAGACGAGGAGGAAAUGGAGGAUGAAGAGGAGGAAAUGGAGGAUGAGCUGAAUGAGAGUGAUGCAGCUGACUCAGGGGAGGAAAAUGAAGAGGAAGCAGAGGAAGAAGCAGACAAUCCUGACAUGAAGACAUCCGAACCAAAGUCAGAAGCUGUCACCUCUGCAACUGGCAAGUAUGUGCCGCCUCAUUUGCGUAACAUUGGAGAUGAUAAGCGCAAAGCUGAGCUGGUAAAACUGAAGAGGAAUGUGAAAGGCCUGCUGAACAGGUUAAGUGAGCCCAACAUGGCGUCCAUCUGUGGUCAGCUGGAGGAGCUGUACAUGAGCUGCAGCAGGAAGGACAUGAGCGACACCCUGACAGAGGUGCUCCUAGCAGCCUGCGUCACCCCGACCCUGAUGCCGGACAGACUACUGAUGGAGCACGUCCUGCUGGUCAGCAUCCUCCAUCAUGCUGUGGGGCUGGAGGUCGGAGCCCAUUUUCUGGAGACAGUUGUGCGAAGGUUUGACGACUUGUACAAGAACCCGAGUGAAAGCAAGGAGUGCGACAACCUGAUCGCCAUUGUUGCUCACCUCUAUAACUUCCAAGUGGUACAUUCCACCCUCAUUUUUGACAUCCUAAAACUGCUGGUGGGAACAUUUACAGAGAAGGACAUUGAACUAGUUCUGUUUGUGCUGAAAAAUGUCGGCUUUGCCCUGAGGAAAGAUGACGCUCUGGCUCUCAAGGAGCUCAUCUCUGAAGCCCAACGCAAGGCCAGCGAGAUGGGCUCGAAGUUUAAGGAUCAGACCAGGGUGCGUUUCAUGCUGGAAACCAUGCUGGCUUUAAAAAACAAUGAUAUGAGGAAGAUCCCUGGCUAUGAUCCUGAGCCUGUGGAGAGACUGAGGAAGUUGCAAAGGACUCUGAUCCACCGGAGUGCAGGGGGCAGCGACGUGAAACUGAGGGUCUCUCUGGAUAAUCUCCUGGCAGCAGAGCAGGUGGGCCGCUGGUGGAUCGUCGGCUCGUCGUGGAGCGGAGCGCCCAUGAUCAGCAAACAAGGAGACACAACCGCAAAACACAGUACUGCUGAAGGACAGUUUAGUGCUAAAGUUUUAGACCUGGCCAGGAAACAGAGGAUGAACACUGAUGUCAGAAGAAACAUCUUCUGUGUGAUAAUGACCAGCGAAGAUUACCUGGACGCAUUUGAGAAACUGUUGAGGAUGGGUCUGAAGGACAAGCAGGAGAGAGAGAUUGUUCAUGUUCUGAUGGACUGCUGUCUGCAAGAGAAAACCUUCAACGCCUUUUAUGCUGUAUUGGGGGAGAAGUUCUGCUCCCAUGACCGCCGCUUUCAGAUGACUUUCCAGUUCAGCCUAUGGGACAAGUUCAGAGAGCUGUCCAACCUUCCCAGCAGCACCUUCAACAAUCUGGUCCAGCUGGUCACCCGCUUCCUUCAGGCAAAGUGCCUCUCACUGUCCAUUCUCAAAGUAAUAGAGUUUGGGGAGCUCGAUAAGCCCACAGUGCGCUUCUUGCGUCAGCUGCUAACUAAACUGUUUAAAGAAACAGAGCCAGAGGAGUUAGCAAGCAUAUUUGGAAGGAUUUCAGGAAUUCCCAAGCUUGGAAUGCUGCGGGAGGGCUUGAAGCUUUUCAUCAGCCACUUCCUCCUGAAGAAUGCCCAGUCGCAGGGACCAGCUGAGCAAGCAGCAGUGCUGUCAGAGUGCGCCCAGGUCGCCACCAAAGCCAUGGAGGCCAAAGAGGCCAAGCUCAAACUGUAAAACACACACACACACACACACACACACACACACACACACAC